AGUCCCCAUUGGUCUCCGUCGAAUCGUCGUCGGAAUUGGGAAUCCUUUCUCUGGUUCUUCAGCUCCGCCUUCCGACGGCCUAUCACUGAUCGGGAUCAGCACUCUCUCAUCUGACGACGACAAACGAAACUCCAUUUUCGCUCUAUGCUCUUUUUGUAGAUCUCGUUCUCGGAGUUUAACCAGUUAGAUUAGUCGAAGACUAAUCAGGCAAGUCGAGUUUCGGAUUUCUCUUGCCUAGUUGGAUUUAGCGAAUUCCUCGAAAUGAAACCUAAUUGGGAGCUUAAGCACUGCUGCAAUCACGAGCAAGUUGUGUUUCUGAUCACCGUUUCUGUUUGUACAGUUGUUAUACUAGCGCUCUGGAGGACGAUACUGUUGAAACCAUUCAAACUUGUCACGGUGUUCCUUCACGAGGCAAGCCAUGCCAUUGUUUGCAAGCUUACCUGUGGUCAUGUAGAAGGAAUUCAGGUUCAUGCUGAUGAAGGUGGAGCUACACAAACUCGUGGUGGCGUGUAUUGGUUGAUCUUGCCUGCCGGAUAUAUUGGUUCAUCAUUCUGGGGGAUGCUCUUGAUACUAGCAUCUACAAAUCUUCUUACGUCCAGAAUAGCUGCAGGCUGCUUUCUUGUUUCUCUUCUUGUAGUACUUUGUGUAGCUAAAAAUUGGACACUUCGCGGACUAUGCAUCGGAUUCAUCAUUUUUCUUGGUGUCGUCUGGGUCCUGCAAGAAACAACUAAAGUGCGUGUUCUUCGUUAUGUAAUCCUCUUUAUUGGUGUAAUGAAUAGCCUGUUCUCAGUUUAUGAUAUUUACGAUGAUCUAAUAUCCCGAAGAGUUCAUUCAAGUGAUGCUGAGAAAUUUGCUGAGGUGUGUCCUUGCCCAUGUAACGGUGUUGGAUGGGGAAUUAUUUGGGGUUUUAUAUCCUUCAUCUUUCUUUGCGGAGCUAUGUACCUAGGUCUUGUGAUCUUGUCUUGAGUUUUUUUCUACCACGUGGCCAGGUUCAGCUACUUUUAUUAUUGAAGAACAAGUCGACUUGAGCAGCCUGGAUUUUUCAUAGAACAGAACGGACGUUGUCAUGGGACUCGGUCUUCUUUAUAUCCAACACUUGGAGAACUCUGUAAUUUGAUCUUUACUGAUUCAGAGUUGAAAAAUUAUAUUGAUUGAAGUUGGAGAAAUUAAAAGCAAAGUAAAUAACAGUAAUUAUACUUGCAGAGGUAUGAUCAAA